CCGGGUUUGGAUUGAACCGUCUCUCAGCACCGAGUGCUUAUUAACCGAGCUGCACCCUUCAGCGGUGAGGAGGGAGAAACACGGGGUUUACUGCCACGGUGUUUGGCUCGUUUGUGCUUCUGCUUGCGAGCUGGACCUUCAGCGAGUCUCACUCAGCCGGGUCAGGCAGACACACCGCUAGCGGGUUAUGUGUGUGUGUGUUUGGAACAGGGCUGGAUACAAUUUAAACCUGCUUCGUUCACUAAAGAGAAACCUAACUGGUGCACUUUUAGUUCCUGCCUUUUUACCCAGAGCAUUAUGAAAGAAGACUGAUGUUAACAGACUCGUCUGCAGGCUGUAAAUGAUAUCGCGGAUCUCGGAACGGUUUCAGCUCCUGGUUUAUUUUGGACUUUUCGGUGUUAUGGUGGACAUGCUGAAGACUCAGAGUCUGCUGUGUGUCCGCACUUUCUUCGGCGUGACGUCCAAGUUAUGGAGUUUAUUUUUGUACAUCCUCAGGAAACCGCUAAGAACAGUAAUCCAAUAUCAGACGGUUCGAUAUGACAUUUUACCCUUGUCACCCUUGUCUAGAACCAGGCUCAAUGCAGUGAAACGGAAGAUUCUAGUUUUAGACCUCGAUGAGACGUUGAUUCACUCUCAUCAUGAUGGGGUUCUGAGACCAACAGUACGGCCUGGCACUCCACCAGACUUUAUCCUUAAAGUUGUUAUAGACAAGCACCCAGUUAGGUUUUUUGUGCAUAAAAGGCCCCAUGUGGACUUUUUCUUGGAGGUGGUCAGUCAGUGGUUCGAGCUCGUGGUGUUCACCGCCAGCAUGGAAAUCUACGGCUCUGCAGUAGCGGACAAACUGGACAACAACAAGGGCAUACUAAAUCGCAGAUACUACAGACAGCAUUGCACGCUGGAUCUGGGUAGUUAUGUAAAAGACUUGUCCAUCAUACAUAGUGAUCUUUCCAGUAUAGCAAUACUUGACAACUCGCCUGCGGCGUAUCGCAGUCAUCCAGAUAACGCAAUACCUAUAAAAUCAUGGUUCAGUGAUCCCAGCGACACAGCUCUUCUUAACCUUCUGCCAAUGUUGGAUGCACUAAGAUUCACAGCUGAUGUUCGGUCCGUCCUUAGCCGCAACCUGCACCAGCAUCAACUCUGGUGAUCAUCCCACCGAGAGUUGCAUUUUUAACUUUGCAUCCAGACUCUGUCCCUCAGUUUCGAUGGCUCUUUUGUACAACACCAGCAUAAGCAUGAUGAGGUGAAGGUCCAAAGUGAACUUGACUGAAGGAAGUUAAGAAGUCUGGGAUCAUGUUUUCCAUUUGUGUCCUUUCCAUUUUUAAACUGGAGUUUCUGCCCUUAAUUUCUUCUGGAAUAUUGUGUGAGGACUGCACACAAAGCCAUGAGCAUCAAGGCAGAACCCAGAAGGAACACUUUUAUUCAUACAGUGCCAUAGUUUUAAUACGACAGACUUUAAUGAAUCUGUAUUUCUCAGGUUAUUGAUGAUGGACAAUGUUCUUUCGUCACUGUGAUUAUGUGGCAAAACAAUGAGCAAUAAUUUGGAAUAAUUUUAUUAUUUUUUUUUUUUCUCCUCGGCUUUCCUUCUCUAAGUAAAGUUGUUGUAGCCAUCAGUUUGGGAGAAGUUUGUGGGAAAGUCAGUGUCCCUGAGUUUAUUUAAUUUAAAUGUAAUUUUUUUAAAUAUAUAAACUCUUUGGCAAUACUUGAUGGAUGAGCAUUGAGACAAGAGUAUAACGAUUUUAAUGUGAUGUAUAAUUUAGACUUGGAGUCUCAAGUACAUAUCUGGGUGUCCUUUGUACACAGUCUUUGUAACAACACUUUAUAUUUUGUGAUGUGUAAUGUAAGGAUUGUUACAGUGUCAUCUUUAAAGACGGGAGUAUGUAAUGGUUUAUGUAUUCACGGGCAGUUGGCAAUUUUAUAUGACGGAUAUGUUGAAUGUUUUCCCCAACCUAUUUUUAAUCAAGGUCUCUGAAUACAUCCUGAAUUGUUUCUAUUCUUUUGAAAGGCAUAAUAAUAAUUUGUGGGAAGUUUUCAUAGAACUAAGUGUUUUGUUGCAGACUUCAAAAGGGGGAAAAAAAAGUUUUAUUUUCUUCACACAUUUGUACUGAACAGUCUGCAAAACAGUCGCUGUUUCAAUGUUGUUUUAUGUUUACCCUGGUUGAUUCCAAAUCUAAUAUUCUGCUCAAGUCUCAGGGCAGCUCGUUGAACUCCAGUCCUGAGAGUAAUAAAACACAAAAGUGUGAA